AUAGAAUUGUCCUUUCUUGGCUUCUUGAAUUCCUCCCCUUUCCGAACCUAGCUCGCCCUUUUCGUCGUCCGCGGCGUUUUCUUCGCCCCUCCCCGCUCCCUCUCCCUGCUCCGAUCGGUUCGCCGCCGUUCACGCUGCGCGAAAUUGUCCUCCUAAAUCGAUUUCGGAUUCCCGGCAUUUCCAUCCUCCGCCGAUUCGCGUUGAAGUCGGGAGGAACUUCGGUUAGGGUUAGGGUUCAGGCGGCCCGGAGGCCGGAGCGGGAGCGAGACCUUCCAAUCUCGGCCUCUGGAAUGAUAUGGAGAAGGAGACGGAGAAGGGGAAGGCCGGACAUGGAGAGCAGAAUGGGCUCAACGUAUCCCGCUCGAAAUCGAUCUGCGAGACCGUGAACGGCUCGCACGAGUACACCAUCAAGGGUUUCUCGCUGGCCAAGGGGAUGGGGUCGGGGAAGUACAUGUCAAGCGACACCUUCGCCGUGGGGGGUUUCCAGUGGGCUAUAUACUUUUACCCUGACGGUAAGAACCCCGAGGACAACUCCCUCUAUGUGUCCGUCUUCAUCGCCCUUGCCAGCGAGGGUACCGACGUGCGGGCGCUCUUUGAGCUCACCAUGAUCGAUCAGAGCGGAAAGGGGAACCACAAGGUACACAGUCAUUUUGAGCGGGCGCUGGAGGGCGGGCCGUACACGCUCAAGUAUAGGGGGAGCAUGUGGGGUUACAAGAGAUUUUACAGAAGAACAGCCUUAGAAACAUCAGACUAUCUCAAGGAUGAUUGUUUGGUCAUGCAUUGCACAGUGGGCGUCGUUAGAAACCGCAUCGAAACACCAACCCAGUUUUCCAUCAAUGUUCCAUCAUCAGACUUGGGUCAAUGCCUAAAGGAGUUAUUAAAAUCUGGCAUUGGCUCUGACAUAGUUUUCCAGGUUGGGGAUGAGACAUUUCAAGCACACAAGCAAAUUCUCGCCGCUCGCUCUCCUGUAUUUAAUGCUCAAUUCUUUGGUCUUAUUGGGAAUCCUGACGUGGAUAGAGUAAUUGUAGAUGAUGUGGAACCUCCUGUAUUCAAGGCCAUGCUUAUUUUUAUAUAUUCUGACGAACUCCCUGAUGUUCAUGAAUUAAUUGGUUCAGUUUCUAUGUCCACAUCCACAAUAAUAAUACAACAUUUAUUGGCCGCCGCCGAUAGAUAUGGUCUGGAGCGGUUGAGUUUGUUGUGUGAAGCUAAAUUGUGUGAGGGGAUCACUGCUGAUACAGUAGCAACGACUUUGGCCCUUGCAGAGCAACAUCAAUGUGUUCAACUGAAAAAUGUGUGUCUCAAAUUUAUCGCAAUUCGAGAGAAUUUGGGAGCUGUGAUGCAGACUGAAGGAUUUGACUACUUGGAGGCCACAUGCCCAACCGUGCUUGCGGAGCUCUUGGAAACUGUUGCUGUCGUGGAUGAUGACUCCGGUUCAGCGUGCCGUAAGAGGAGUGUUAGCAGCAACCUGGGCCUCAAUUCCCUAGACAGCGUCGAUGUGAGUGGAAGACGAUUGCGCAGACGGAUGUAGUUUGCUGUCGAUAUAACCUAGUACACCUUCCUUACCCUUAUGAUAUGGUUGCAGCCUCCUAGCGAGCAAUAUUCUAUUUUUCGUCUCAUUCUUCAACUUGUGAGGUUUCACUGACUUUUGUCUAAAUUGAACUUCUAGUAGCUGUUCAGAAACUGUAUCGUCUGUUAAUAAUUCAACAAGCUGUGUGGCAUAAGAAAAAUCUGGGAGAAUUCUUCUAGGGCAUCCUUUUCUCGGAAACCCUAUCUAAUGAAAUUAUCGUCUCUUGUUCUUCA